AUCAAUAAGGGAUGAAAAAGAUAUUCAGCUAUGUCGUUCAGAAAUCAACGAAUAUAAUAGGACAUCAGAGAACAUUAGAGAAGAAGAACAGAAAAAGAUUCAUAUGAAAUUAAAAGAAUGUGAAACUAAGCUUAGUCAAUCUGUAAUAAUUCCCACAACAUGCAUCCUUUUCGGAGAUUAUUCAGGAGUUCAUCAACUAAAUGUCUCUGGCAUAGGUUUAUUCAAUGUUUUGUGCGAUAGUCAGUUAGCUGGACCUGGAUGGAUUGUAAUACAACAACGAGUUGGGGGAAAUGAGAGUUUCGAUAGGGAUUGGGCAACGUAUCGUAAAGGUUUCGGUUCUUUUGAAAGUGAUUUCUUUCUUGGCUUAGAGAAAAUACAUCGUAUCACGAGCUUGCAGCGUUUCGAACUUUACAUUCAUUUGGUUGCUCGGAAUGGAAGUACCUACAACGCUCGUUAUGACGACUUCAAAAUAUCUGAUGAAGAUAAUGGAUAUUCACUGAGUUUGGGUAAAUUGAAUGGAACUGUUUUUGAGGAUGGCUUGAGAUACUAUGAAAACACGAAAUUCACAACAUUCGAUCACGACAACGACAAAAAUGAUCGUGGUAAUUGCGCAGACUGGUUUAAAAGUGGCUGGUGGUACAAUAAUUGUUUUUCUAGUAAUUUAAAUGCACCAUAUGAGCAGAAACUACGUUGGUGCUACUAUGAGUGCAUUUUCCUUAAAGAAGUUAAGAUACUAAUUCGCCCCAAAGAAGCGAUGAAGAAGUGAUAAACUGAAAAGCUGAAAUUCCCAUAUUUGACUCAAUUAUGUAAUCAUUUACAUAUACAUAUAUAAUUGGUGCAUUAAGAAAUUGCGUUCUGAAAAAUAAAACGAUCGACUAUUUAAUGCAGCGAUUUAUUUUU